GUCAUUUAACUUAGUUAUUAUUUGCAAAUUUGAAGAGAAACAGAGCGGUAAGGACAAAUGAACAGAAAGUUGCGAAAUACAAUCGGGACAAAUUUCCGCAACCAAUCAGUUCUCUCAACUGUUUUGGCUAGGGUUCUUUGAAACCUUCCUGGAAUGGAGCGCAAAGGUUUAAUGGGCAGAGCAGAGUUUCAAUCAAAGGCAACAUCAGCAGGCGAGACUCGCCAGUAGAGAAACCAUGAGGGUUAUUUCUCGCACUAUUUAGCCAUGGCUGCGAACUAAUAGCUGAAACUGACAAUAUAUCUAAAUGAGCUUCUUGAGCAAUGGGGACCCAGCGAAACGGCUUCAGUAAGACAGAAAGUUACAUUCUUUCGGUUGACGUCGGGACAACGUCUCUGAGAUGUCACGUCUACGAUAAAGAUGCUAGAAUCAGAGGAACCUGCACUGCGAAGGUGUCUCUUCUGUACCCGGAACCGGGUUGGGUAGAACUUGACCCAGAAGAACUAUGGCAGGCAUUUGUUGCCGUGGUAAAAGGCGCCGUGCAAGACUCAGGCCUACACAUGCGACAGAUGCAGGCCCUCGGCAUCUCAACCCAGAGAGGCACCUUCACCACAUGGGACAGGAAGACAGGAAAACCUUUCCAUAAUUUCAUCAGCUGGCAGGACCUGAGGGCAGCUGAACUGGUGAGAUCAUGGAACACAUCUUGUAUGUGGAAGACACUGCAGGGUAUUCUGAAGGCCCUGCACUUCCUUAGCAGACAUAAGCGUUUCCUGGCAACCAGCCUGGUGGUCUUCUCCACGCAGCACGUUUCCCUGCGGCUGUCGUGGGUCCUACGCAACAUGCCACAGUUAACAAAAGCAGUAGAGGAAGGAAAUUGCUGCUUUGGGACUAUUGACACAUGGCUGCUGUACAAACUGACUAAAGGUUUGGUCCAUGCUACAGACUACUCCAACGCCAGUGCCACAGCAAUGUUUGACUCGUACCAGAUGUGCUGGAGUGGAUUUCUCUGUGCACUCCUCUCUCUACCACUCUCUAUUCUCCCAGUGGUACAGGACACAAGCCAUAACUUCGGUUCAACAGAUCCCUCCAUCUUUGGCAUACCUAUUCCUAUCAUGUCUGUCAUGGCAGAUCAGCAGGCGGCCAUGUUUGGCGAAUGCUGCUUCGAAACAGGGGAUGUAAAAAUCACCAUGGGAACAGGCACCUUCAUGGACAUAAACACAGGAAGCAAACCACACACCUCUGUGGCAGGUCUGUACCCACUGGUCGGCUGGAAAAUUGGGCCUGAGGUGGUGUACCUGGCAGAGGGCAACGCUGCCGGCACAGGCACAGCCAUUAAAUGGGCUCAGGAACUGGGUCUGUUCUCGGACGUUAAGGAAACUGAAGCCAUGGCAACCAGUGUGGAGGACUCCGAUGGUGUGUGCUUUGUCCCGUCUUUCAGUGGACUACAGGCUCCACUGAAUGACCCCAAGGCUUGUGCUUCUUUCAUGGGCCUUAAACCAUCCACCACAAAGAGCCAUCUAGUCAGAGCCAUUUUAGAGUCCAUCGCAUUUAGGAACAAACAGCUCUAUGACAUCAUGCUCCGAGAGACGUGCAUUCCCAUCACUAAAAUUAGGGCAGAUGGAGGUGUCUGUACCAAUGACUUCAUCAUGCAGCUCACAACGGAUCUGCUGGGGAGGAAGGUCUCGCGGCCGAGUCACUUUGACAUGUCCUGCCUGGGGGCAGCGUUUGUUGCAGGACUUGGAGUUGGUCUCUGGAAGAACAAAGAGGAGCUGAAGAAACUGCAGACCACAGACCGGCUCUUCAUGCCCCAGUAUGGGAAAGGUGAUGGGGGCAAAUACGAGACCAUUCUACAGAACUGGGAAAGAGCGCUAAAACGGUCCUUGCACUGGUACAGCCAACCUUAAUGGUGCUACUUGCUGGUUUGCAACUGGCCCAGUGACCCAUAUCUGUUCUUUGUGGAUCCGCUGAUCUCACUAUCUCUCGUAUUACUCAUAUUACUCAUACUCUGUCACCUUCAGUUUAGUCCCUCAUCACCCACCCUGUCUUCAUUAGCCACUGACUUUAUUUUAGAUUCACUGGGAAACUAAAGCCCGUCAGGACCAUAUUGUAAUGUCUAUCAUGUUAAUGACCAGUGCCUUGGCACCCUUUUUUUGCUGCUCAUCUCCAUAGGACCUCUCUGACUGUCUGAAGGCACUACUGAUUGAUUUUUAAAGACAUUUCUGAAAAUAGUGGAUGCAAAAUGCCAUUUGAACUCAUGACCUAAAUAUCUAGAUGAGAUGCCUGUACAUGCGUAGAUAAUGAAUACUUGUUGUGAGUGCUUUUUUUUUGUUAAUUUUUUUUGUUAAAUUGGUUUAAUAUAGCUGUUAGUUGCAGCUUUGUUUCAUUGUUGUUUACAUGGAGCGAUUAAUGACCGGUAUUCUUGAGGAGUACAUGUCGGGUCCAUGCGUGAAUAAGGCUGAGGUUUUUGUGCAGGUAAGCAUUCACUUAAGACAGGACAAGAAAACUGCAUAUUUCGGGAGGCGAAUUCAAGAGCCACAGCGUCUUUGCCUGGUAACGCCAAGCAUUAUCACAAAACCCAUCGGAGACAUGGCAACAGAAACAGAAACCUCUGUUAAUAUUGAUCUAACUGACAUGUUUGUCUAAUGACAUCCUUCUGUGCCAUUGAAGGUACAUUUUGUGACUCUUAACUGCUGUACAGUACCUGUUUAAUAUCAGUUUAUUGUAAUUUAUAUCCAUUUGUCAGGAAUGUGUUACAUAGCUCUUUGGUGUGGUUAUGUAUACUGUCCCAUACUUUGUUUGUUCAGCAGUGUCUUUUUCCAAAAUUACAUUUUAAUAGGCAAGAGAGAUAUGAUGGUACCAGGUAUAUCAUCAUUUUAUUGGAUCUCCAGCACAGCACCUGAAAUCUAAAUUAAGCCAUGCCUCUGAUGAUGCUCUGUACCAGGGAAAAUUUACCUUUUGUAUUUUAUUUCAUUAAACAGAAGAGUAGUCAUGCUGAUAGAGUUUAGACCUAGAGAAAAGAGGAAAGCUAUGAUGAUAAAGGAUUCUGUGUCCAACUGUAAGUGCCUCAACAUUAUGCCAACAACAUUCAGUGGAGAGACAAGGUCUCUUUUUUUCUUUCCUUUUUUUUUUUUUGCGUUUAAGGAACAAUGCAUUUUAAAAAUGUCGCUGUAUUUUUAUUGUACUUGAAUGGAAAAUGAUCAACUGUGAACCCUAAAAUGACAAUGUGUGUCUCAGAGCUACCAGACACUUUGCAAUUCAGUCUUUGUUAAUUCCUUUUAAUGGGGAAAAAGAAUUUUAACAUGGGGAUUUUUAUGUAAUAAUGUAGCAUGUCUGUGAAACUGUUGUCAUUUUUUCCAGAGUUAUGCAGUGUCUUGGGGUUGAUCUUUGCUUAGACAAGCAUGACUAGUGGGGUAUGAAACCUGCUGAUUAUUAACUGUUAGACCUUUAAUUGUAUGGUUAUAACAAUAUUUGAAUUUGGGAUAUGUGAUUACUGUGACAAAUGAGAUGCAACAAAAAGUUCAUAGUUUACCAUUCAGAUUAGUCAUUUUCAAAAGAUCUCUGUUUUCAGAUAUCUGGUUUGAGACUGUCCAGGAAAUUGUUGCGAGCCGUAAGAAAACAAAUGUAUACCAAAUGAAUGAAAACUACAAAUGAAAAGUGUCGCCAAAUUAUAAAUAUUUUUUUCUUAUUAAAAUCAACUAAACAACAUUUACAAUAAACACAAACUUUUAAGCAAUA